GCUGGAUUUUGUGAGUUCGACAUGACAUCACCUGCCCAUGGCUACGGUGGCUAUAAAACCCCGUGGGUGGCGUCCUACGCCCUCCGAGUUAUCGAGAAUCACACCUUAGAGAGAGAGAGAGAGAGAGAGAGAGACGUACCUGAACAGAGUGUUGAACAGAGUGUGCCGUGCAGUGAUGGCGAAUGCGCCGCCUACGGGAGCAGCAGCGGCCACACGGAAGGGGCCGUGGACGGAGCAGGAGGACCUUCAACUGGUCUCAACAGGACCGGCAAGAGCUGCAGGCUGCGCUGGGUCAACUACCUUCAUCCCGGCCUCAAGCGCGGGCGCAUGACGCCCCAGGAAGAACACCUUGUGCUUGAACUCCAUGCCAAAUGGGGAAAUAGGUGGUCUCGCAUUGCUCGGCGGCUACCGGGGCGCACCGACAACGAGAUCAAGAACUACUGGAGGACGCACAUGAGGAAGAAGGCACAGGAGCGGCGGACGAGCUCGGCUCCCUCGCCGUCUUCCUCGUCCUCUAGUAACAUCUCGGAGCUCAGGGCGGAAAAGCAUGAAGGUUGCAGCACUGCAGAGGGAACCUCGUUGAUCUCAGGGCUUGAAGUGAACGAUAACGAAGGGAAGGGGUACACCAUGGAUCAGAUCUGGAAUGAGAUCGCCGCAUCGGAAUCCGUCAGCCAGCUGAGCUUUGACGAAUACAAGGGCGGAUCGGCUUGCAACAUGGAAUGCCCUCCGGUGAGUUCCCCCAUAUGGGAAGACUGUUCUGCGUCGCUGUGGAGGAUGGAGGACGAAGACUUGUAUCCCAUGACUGACCUCUUGCUCUCUAAUUGUUGACGCAGCAUGGUCUUUCUCUGUAAAUUGUAGUGAAAUCGUGCAUGCGAGUCCUUAGUCCCUGCGACAAAGAUCAGUCGAUCUCUGUUAAUCCAUGGUAUCUACUGUAACAACUACAGAAAUGUGGGAAGUUCUCUGUUAUCUAUAUAAAAAGCUUGUUCUGAUGUA